AUGGACAAAUACCAUCCCGGUUACUUCGGUAAGGUCGGAAUGAGACACUUCCACCUACUCAGAAACCACUAUUGGAAACCGAGCAUUAACCUCGACAAGCUCUGGUCGUUGGUACCUGAGGAGACUCGCGAAGCGUAUGUUUCUGGCAAGAAGACCGAUACCGCUCCUGUACUUGACCUCCUCCCCCUCGGAUACUCCAAAGUCCUCGGAAAGGGCCGCAUUCCCCAGAUUCCGAUUGUUGUAAGAGCAAGGUGGUUCAGCAAGGAGGCUGAGCGAAAGAUCAAGGAAGCGGGCGGUGUUGUUGAGUUGGUUGCAUGA